AUGGGGAACGGAGUUUCUGGAAAGGCCUCAGCAAAUCUGAAAACGAUUUAUCUUGAAGUACAUGGGCAGAAACAGAAGGUAUCUUUGCGGCUUUUAUCGAGCGCAACAUUUGACGUACGGUAAUCGCGAUUCUUUUGCCGUUUAAUGUACAUAAAGAAGACAGAGUGAAUGGUUUGGUGUAGCUUGAAAUUUCAAAGUCGCCCCAUUCUUCAAUACCUUUAUUACUUGAACUGUCCACUUGCUUUUUCUGUACAUUAAUAGCUACUACCACAUGCUAUUCGCUUUCGCAUACAAAAUUACACUGGUAAACAAUAAUUCAUUUUCUUGAAUGUUGAAAUACGUCGAUCCAAUCCGAAUAGAUCAAUAAACUCUUUCAACGAAAAGGAUACUUGUCGUUUAUGUUAAACUUGAAUUUUAUUGGGCCUUAAUCAUUUUCAUACCCCGCAACUAAAAGCCCGCCUUAAAUUAUGUAUUAUCCGGCAUAUUCUGUUUUCUUACUAAAUAAUUCUAGCUAUCGAAACUAUUAUCAAACUUAUAUGCUUGAAUAUAUUGGGCAAACCUUAUUAGAUAGCGUUAUUUGCGGAGCAGUAAACAUGCCAGUGGCAGUGCAAUAUGUAUUAUCAUCAAUUAUACUUCAAAAAUCUACCACUGAGUUUUGCAAACACAAUUAUGAGCUGACACUACCUCUGUUUUAAUAGAUCGUACAAAGUUAUUUCAACAAUUUUAAAAUGAGUGAUACAUCAUGUUGUUUAUAAAAUUCGGGUAUUUUGGAGCAGCUGAAUUCUCGAGCUAUAGUAAAUUGGUCUUGUUGUGUACAGAACUACUCAGUUAUCAAGCUUUUUUAUGGAUUGAUCGCCUGGCAAAUACCCGGCCGAAGUAAUAUCAGUACUAAAGCAAUAUAUUUUUAACCGUUUUUAUUUGCAACUCUUUCUUUUAUCCUAUUGAUCAAUUUACAGUUAACUGAUAAAGCCCUCAUUUAUUUGGCAGCGCACGGCCGAUAUACAAUAGCAUAGUUGCAAUUCGAGAGGAUAUCAAGCUAUUCCCGGCGUUAAGAUAUAAGAACUCAGUGUGAUUGUCUUCUGUUAAAAUAGGUUGUAUUUUCCAAGCACUGUACUUCUCGAGACAUUAAAGAUCUUCUCGCAUCGGCUGCUGGAGUGAGCCGGUAAGCUAUUAAUAGUAAUGGUCUUUCCUCACAGCUUUUUUCUUCCUCUGUAGUGUUUGGUUUCUCAGUGCUACCAGUGAGAUCUCUAAUCGUCCCAAAUGGUAAAAGACUACUAUCUUUGGGACUGGCCAAAAUCUUGACUGUCAACUGAGAAAUUAAGCUUUUUUCCUUAACUGGUUGAUGAGAUCUCAGAUCCGAAUGGUUUUUAUGUGAUGCGUUAAAUUACAUGUAUACCUAUAAUUUAACUUGUUAGUUUUAAUUAACUGUACUUAGUUUUAGGAUGGGGUACAUCGUGGUUAAUUGUCUUAAACCUUUGCGACAGCGAUUCUGUUAUAUCUUGGCAAAAAAAAAAAAAAAAAAAAAAAAUAAUAAUCGAUUUUUUUUUUGCGAAAUGAUAUGAGGGCAGGCUUUUGCACUAGUCGCUGGCCCUGACCGACACGACCGUUAAGUCCAGUAACAUAUAGAUCUCAGAACGGUCCAAUCAGAUCAGUCAUAAAUAAAUGAUUCCUUUAUUUACCCUCGACAGUAUUUAUAUAGCACUUACGCUAGCUGGAUCGAGCAAAUGACUAGCGAAAGACAAAUAAUUCAUUCUGAAAUGUUAUGUACGACAGUGAUGGGUUUUAAGCAAGAACAUCUCUUGAAGAAAAUAGCCUUAGUAUAUUUCCUUUCAAAAAUGAUUGGUUCAGCCGACCAGUUUUGACUCAGUGAUCCAGGCACGACGCCCGAGAUGAUAAAAAAGCAUGUGUUUCAGUUCAAAGAGAACGAGACGACCAAUUAUUUCACUUUUCAUCAAAAUUGAUAUUUUGAAUGAGUUGUGAUGAAAAAACUUCUAGAACUACAGUAAAGGAACGUGACUUUACAACCUGAGGCAUAUUUUGAACUAGUGCCAUGCAGUAAAGGCUAAUCCUUCGCUCUCGCUACUUUCUCCGUUUGCUUGUUUGCUUGUCUGUUUGUUUGUUUUUUGUUUUUGCUAGCCUUGCAGUGUUUUCUUCCAGCUUUGCAGAUGCGGAACAAGUGCUUUGAAUGCAAUUGUGCUGUUGUGCAGCUGUCUUGCGUGCUCGAGUUAACAAUGCCUUGACUAACGGGCAGCAGACGGUUGAACUGUGGUCCAGUUCCGACGGAAACCCCAGCGGAUGUUUAGAUAGAAGUAUGUUGUUGCUUUUAAUUUUAAAUAAUUGAACCUGAAAACUUUAUAUUUCAGAUGGUCCAACAUGAUGCUUAAGACUCAAGACGGAAGCACAGUAUGCAUCGAGCCAAAUUUGCCCUCGAACACAGCGCGGUAUGUAUGCCUUUAGUUUUAGACUUGACGAUUAUAAAUCACAACAAACACUGAUUUAGAGAGUCAGAAUUAAUUAUGUUUUCCUGUGCGUAGGCUAAAUUUGUCUUAAUUCAAUCGGAGUUUCAAAAUUGCAGUUUAUGGAGGGAGAAACUACAAAACAAUAGGAUUCUCUUCGAGUACUUUAUAGCGAUAACGCCGUGCAAAAACCUCGAUAACAACCAUUAGGUCCCAUCGCCAUAACUCCCAUGACUUAAUGCAAUAUUUCUUAUCGCUUUGUUACUAGUAGAUACGCCAAAAGUCAACUGAAAGCCUCUUUAGUAGAGAGACAAGCAAGGACAUAGAGUUUUGAUUAAGCUAUAGGAGGGCUCAGUUCGCAUGACAGUGAUUCAAGAGUGUAGUAACUCCGACAUAAAUACAUUUAGCUCUAGCCUUGGAGUAGGCUCCUUUGUGGCGACUAAAAAAGGCGAAUAAGGGGGAAAACAGCGCAGAAAACCCCUUGCCGGGCGGGAAACUUCUCAGAAUCUCGCUCGGAGCCACUACUUUUAGGUUUUACGCUUGCUGAGAAAUUUGCCGUUUUCGCCCACUAACGAAGAAGCCUGGUCCCUGGCUAAAUUAACUCGCUCUCUUAAUUCAUCUUUUCCGUCUCUUUUUUAAGUUCUAGUUACGACCGCCUCGGUCUUUGAUUUCCCGAGGUGGUCGCUUACGAGAGCGUCGACUGUAUUUACUGUUGCUACUUUUUUUUAUUUCAGUUCACCUUAUCGAAUUGUUGUUACUGCAAUGCACCAGAAGCACGGUGAGGGUGUAACACAGUUUGUAUUUAGGAAACGCCUUAAUUUAAGUCUGUCUGUGUAUUUAGCUAUUAGACUAAUCGAGGAAGACACUUUUGCGUCUCCUACUGGAGACGGGAUCGCCAUUUGUACUUCGAUAUCCGCGCCGUUUGUCCUUAAUAUUUAUUUCAAUACCCAGGGUAUUGGUCAGGCUAGGGAUCGAAUCCGUAACACGUCGCUUAUAAUAAAGCAACGCUUUGCCGACUGAGCUAACCGCUCAGUCUUAGUGUAGAAAGCGAAUUGCAUAUGCAUCUUACCCUCCGCAACACGAAUGCUUUAGGAAAAUUGUACUCUGGGUGUCAGAGUUUUUAUGAGCGGUUUCCGGUUUUGGUCGUGGCUUCGGUCGCCCGAAGAUCUGUCGGCGGCCGACAAAAAAUCACCCCGCCGCACACGAGAAAAAACCUCUGGUACCCAUGGUAAGAAAACUGUUGCUGGAAAUAAAAUUAGCCUUAGCUAUAGCUUCUUAUAAAUUUAAAAUGAGCUCUAGUUACAGUUUUUUGGGUGGUUUACAGCUUUAUUUAUUUUUUUUUUUUCAAAGACUAUAGAUGAUUGAAAGUUUGAUUUCUUAACAAUUAUAAGCUUUUCAGAAUAUUUUCAGCACAUGCACGUCACACUCUUGUCGUACUCAUUUUUAAAUCGUCUUUCAGAUGUCUCAGCUCUGAUUAUCAUUUCUCGUCUCUUUCUAUAUUUGUCUAUGUUUAAUUAGACAUCUACUUAAUAUUGCGUCAAAGAAGCUUAAUUUAAAAAAAGCUAUUGUCGGCAAACGAGACAACCGCUCUUUGAAAAAUACUUCUCUAAUUCCGCAUUAUAAGAUCUAUUACAGGUUCUUACAGCCUGGACAAUAAUACGCACAGCCAAUGCGUAACAUGCAAUAGAUAGCUGCACGGAUGUCAGUAAGAAAGGGAUAAACCGCACUAUUUCAAAUUCUAAAAGAGAUAGUACGCAAUUUGAUAUUAGAGAGAGAUUAACUGAUACCCUUUAUAUUAUGGCUGAAAAGAGAAGUAUAUUAUACACUGUAACAGGAUAUCAAGUAGAAUUAUAAUUAUCAUAUUAAUUUGUAUAGUUUUCGUUCGGCACGUACUUAAGAGGUAAUUUUUUCCUUUUACCUUGAAGACGCUUCAGUUCAGUGCUCACCCCAAACCUUGAAGAGAACAUUUUGCACAUACAUCAGUUACAAGCUUGCACUUGUCUGGCACUUGAGGCACUUGCAUGGCGUUCAUGUCACAGUUGCUCAUGUCGUUUGCUUAUGAAGUUGAUUUUUUUUCUUAUUAUCUUUACUUAACUUCGUCAUACAAUAUAUAAAAGUGAUGUAUUUAUACAAUACAUGAGUAUAUGUAUGAGGGCGGCAGCUAUAUAUCCCGACAGAUUCCAUCCUGAGUUCAGUUCUAUCAACGAAUGCUUUGAAAAUUCGUUGCCUUGUAACUUCAAUUAACGUUAUUUUACCAUGUAAAUCCUUCUUUUCUCCAGCAAGAAAUCAAAGACUUUAACCGUUAGUUUUAAUUGCGGUCAAUUCUAGGUGACGAGGAAGUCUUCGUUAAUGUCCUUAGCCAAGUGGCGGACAAGUUUAUCAGGUAACUAUUGUGAUAACGAAACUUAUCUCUUUCACUUCCGUCAUUACUCUCCGCUUAACAAUUGUUGCGAAUGAUUCAGUUUUUAUGGGACUGUUGUGGUAUCAUUUUGUCUUUACUGGAAAUGAACGCCGCGGCGAUUAUGAAAAAGCGCAAGUGCUACUGAGAAAAUUGAUGUUGGGACCGUGUGUUUCACAGCCGCAAGAUGCCCGAGAUCGCAUCGACCUUAACUAGAUCAGUGACCUGUAGUUAGCAGGGAAAACAUAACUGGGUUUUGCUCGAGUUUUUAGUUCUCGAGUAUUGUAGUCUAAUUAUCUUCAUUACUAUAUAUAUUACAAAUGUUAAUUUCAUCCAAUAGACCUUUCUUUUUACCGAUACGGCGGCCAUAUUGAAGUUACUUGAUCUAAGGAGUAUUAUGGGAUUCCCAGGGGGCACUCGCUAAGCGCGCAGAGAACUUCACUGUUUAUUUCUAGGGAAAAGGCAAUCGCUAUAGCAUCCAAAUACGGCACAAUGAUCUUUUUUUACAAUACAAUCUUUUUGUAGGAAAACUUAAAGAAAAAAAUUGGCCCGAAGAGCGCGCGUAAAUACUAAGCGAGUAUGUCGGAUAGUGCUCAUACCCCCUGGGCAUCCCAUAAUACUCCUUAAAUCUAAUUAAUUCAAUAUGGCCGCCGCAUCGGCAAAAGGGUCUAUUAGCAGGAAAAUAUGCAAAAAGUAUUGAAAAUCUCAUGCGUAGGCAUUUAAAUGGCUACACAUGAGAUUUUGGAAAACUGGUUCAAGAAGCAAAGGUUGGUAAAAAAUGCAGUUUUUGCGCUACUACAUAUGAAAUCCUUUUUUCCAAGUUUCAUGUCUUAUGGUUUGUUGUAUGACUUACAAUUUCACAUCACAAAAAACGCAUUCAGGUUUUAGUAAAAUUUCACAUCACUAGCGAGAAGGAUUAGGUUGAAGCUUUUCUUGUAGCCCUUGCUCGGCUUUAACAUAUUUGCCUUCUUUUUCAGUGUAACGCAUUCAGUGACUGUUUGCUGGUUGUAAACUGUAUUUAUUCUAUCUUCAACCUUUCUUUUUUUGCCCUGAUGUCACUCCGCUCAGCCUCAAUCACCAUCAUUUCGCCUUUUUUGAGUAGCGGGUUUCACUUGUCGGUACGACAAGACAAAGCGGAACUCCCCACACAGCGAGUCACUGAUGAUGCUAAAUAAGUUGCCUUAUAUCAUGAUAAUGAUGCAUUACCAACCACAUAGCAUCUAUUGUUCAAGUGAAUUCUACGUGAUUUAGUUUGUAAUGUUUUCUUUGCUUUCACAGCACGUUCACAGUGUCUCAAUUAAAAUCUGAACUCGCCAAGCAGCUGUCCCACUUGGAAAGGAAAGUAGAAGGUAUAUGUAUUAUGAUUAUUGGAAUGAUCAGAAAAAAAAAUGUAAGAAAUGAAUUACUGUGUGACUCUGACUACAGAUCGGAGAACAACUUACGCAGUCAAUAGAGAAUUCGAUGAUACACAGACAGUGCUUUUAUACUAAUAAUCUUGGACAAAAAUGUUAAAACGUUGCCUUGUCGUAAUCUCAAAAUAAAGUUCUCGAAAGCACUAGUGAUUACAUACCAAAAGAAGAUAGAGGGGCUUAUCCUCUCUUGCGAUUACAAAUAUUUCCCCCCUCCCAUCCCCCAAAAAACAAUGAUAAAAUUCGCUGGGAUCGUUAUUGUUCCGGACUGAACAACAUUGAUCAGGUUGGGGUCGGGGAACUGGGGUGAUGCAAUUUCUUGGGAUGGGCUUCCUGUGGGCUAAAGAACGGGCAAAAUUCUUGACACUUUUUUACGAUUGUGCCAUGCAACGCCAAUUGUUAUUAUAAUCGCGACAAAAAUAUGAGUUAAAGCAUCGGGAAAUUUUGCCUCUGUUAGUACAAUAAACAGUUUCCGCAAGCCAACACCAUGUGGGGAACACUAUUUUACUUUCUAUAACAAAUCACUUUUAAGUUAAUUUCAGGCCGUUAGUUAUAGUGUAAUUGAUACCCCAAUAAAUUAAACAACACUCAAAAAUUACAUAAGCUAUAUGUUAAGAAUAAUACAAGAAUAGUUCGAGCCUAAAAUCGGCAGAAAAAAUAAGAAUGCUCAGCCUGGGGCGGAACAAACAACGUUCUUGCAAAAAGAACAGAGCAUCCACGGUACACGGAUUGUCGUCUUCAGGUAGAUACCAGUUAUACCUUCGAUUUGGUUUACUGUUCAGGAUGAUUAACUGCAUAACGAUUUUUUCUUUGCUUCCGCUUCCAGUUGAGGCACUCAAAGCCAUAGAAAUGCAGCACUUGAGCGCCGAGAUCACUGAGAUACGGGAACAAAUCCGCCAAGACAGGUAAUAAUCGUGUGAUUAUCUUGGGAACAGGGUCUGGAAGGGAAGAAGGAUGGAGGGGCGGGGGGGGGGGGGCUCUAAUGCCCGCAUUCCCGCCCCUAUUGUACGACAAUGCCGCAUCUUGAACUUCAUUAAUCUCUACCACGCCGAACAUCGUUUCAUUCUGAACUUUCCCCACGGUCUGGCGAAUCCCACUUCCUGACUGAGCGCUCAAAUCCUGUAUCCCCUCAAGACAUUUUGCGAAUUCCCGAAUCACACACUGUAUUUUGGUCAAAUCCCGGAUCACGAGAAUGCCCUUUUAGACCGAAUAGGAAGUUAGACCUUUCUAUAAAACGAUCACGGAAUUUUUUAAAUCGUUUUUUGACGAACUUGAAAAGUGGAUUUCAAAUUUAAGUUUCAGAAUAAUCCCUUCCUGGCUUGUCUUAGAACCUCUACAUUAUCAGUUCCUCCAAACCUGGAGUUGAAAUAACUCUUACUGAAAGUGCUCAGAAAAAGUAACUGCCUUCUUGGAUUUAAAAUAGCUCCGAAAAAUUAGCUCCAACGUAAGGGAUUAAAUUAGUUUAGUUGCGUCUUAAGAUGGCUAUCUGCUCUUUAAGAGACCUUUUUGUUAUUUUUCCUUGCAAAAAAUCACCUGAAUUAAAUCAAAAUUUUCCACUUUUGUUGCAGGUGCAUUGUCUAACCAACCAAUUACUUAGCUUUUGUGUUUGAAAAAAAAAACAAACAACAACAACUAUAUAUACGCUGUAAUGUCUUUCGAUUGAUAUGGAAAACUGACUUUAAUAUAUAAAUUAUGCUUUUUAAUUUUGAGUUUCAAAAACCUUCAGUCUUAACAAGAGCCAUAAUGGGAUCCAUUAUGGCUCCUGGUCUUAAAUAAUACCCAAUGAAAACUUUUUAUGUCACUGCAAAAAUCACUCGUGUUUGCUUGAGAGUAAAAAAUCAUUUUCCUGGCACUUGCCCUCAUUUCUAAGCAUUCAAAGCCUUGUGGCAACUUGGAAAUUCAAUUUCAUCCGAGAUGAUAUUGAAAACUGCAUUGCUCAUGAUCCAUAGCUGACCUUUUUUUCUUUAGAAUCACGUGGCAAGCUAUACAAGAUAACGUUACUAACAAGGGUAACAAAGGACGAAAACUCAGCAUUUCAAGGCCUAUGCCAAAUUUCGUCAAGGUAGGUAGAUGAUGUGUUAUUAGAUCACUGAACUAGAUUGACAACUUUUUCACAAAUACUGAGUGCCUACCUUAAAGCUAUGCGGGCAAUGAGAAAAAACAGUUUAAAGUCUCUGUCGCUUUGAUGUUAUCCCAACCAAGAUAAUUUGGCGAUGCUAAUUUUUUAUUUUAUUAUUAUUAUUAUUUUUUUUUGCAGUACACACUUUCUCAGACCACUGUUGAACAGCUCAAGGAACCCAUUUUCAAUAUCUGGCACUGGGAGCCGAAUGAGGUAUCCUACCGCAUGCAUAUAUAUUCAAUGCAAGUUGAGAUACCUAUGUGUAAAACACAAGACUCAACUCGCUCAAGUAAAUUAUUAAAUAUAGCAAUGUACAUAUCUAGAAUACGACUGACUACUUACUAAAAAAGCUGCUGUAAAAUGGGCAAAUUGUUUUACAACAUUACUACGGAAUAUGCUAAAAGCGAUGUUGUGCGUUUUAUACUACCCACGUUCAAACCUGCGUUGCAAGUUGCGGAGUUCUGCUUUGAAUAAAUUGACGCGGGAGUCACGCCAUAUACGAGACUUAGCGACCAGUCAUUAUUUACCGCCUGGGGGGGGGGGGGGGGGAGAGAGGAUUUGGGGCUAAACGAGCUGUAAUUUAGCCGAUCCCCCAUUUGAAUGUUACUUCACUGAAGUGAUCCCCCCUAAUAACAUUUGAUGACUUUCGCGAUCCCCCCCCCUAAGCAAAUUUGAGUGGUGCAACCUCUGAAUCCAAAGUUUUCAGUGAUCCCCCCUUUUGGGUUCUCAGUUACGACUGAUCCCCCUGUUUUGCUCUCCUAAAAAUCAAGUGAUCCCCCCCCCAAAAAAAAAUCCUCCCCCUGCCCCAUCCAGGCGAUAAAUAAUGACCGGUCCCUUAGUCACUUGCUGCCAAGUUUUGCCUUAGCCGGUGAAACGCGCAACAUCGCUUUCAACUGGUUUUGCAGCAAUGUCGCAAAACAAGUUGCACGUUUUUGUUGACAAUUUUACAGUACAUUAAUGCGUUAUUGUCGGGCAGAGUGUUACAAUUUACUUUUUAGUGGAAUCUUGUUUCAUCCUGUCUUUUUCUUGUAAUUACGUCCUGCCGAAUUAAUUCAUUAAUUAAAUUUAGGUUAAACCGUGCUAAGGUAGAGGAUUGCUUUCGUGUUUCAUUUAGCGACACCUUCGUUAAAUUUUGCAGAUUUUGUCAUUGUUGGAGCACAUGUACAGUGACCUGGGGCUGAUUGAAGACUUUGAAAUUAACCAAGUUGUCUUAAGAAGGUUUCUGGUAAGCGCAACCAUACCUCGAAACAUUAGUCUUAUAAAGCAACCAUUGCACGUUCAUGACUCGGUGGAAACGCUGUUCAGUUUUCUUGAGUUUAAACUAGUGAGCUUUGACUUUUUUCAUAUUUCUUCUUCGUCUUGUUGAUGCCCAUUUGAUACUAACAGUUGUUGGGACACAAUUUCGUGGUGACGCUCUGUUGUGCGCGCAGUGUGUCGUAAUAGUUUAUCAUUAAAACUUAGAUAGUUGAAUGACUAAGACUUAAAUAACGGAUUAUCCAUAAAAGUGUAUUUAUCCUCUCACUCUAAGGGCUUUUUCAGGGACAAUGAACCAAAUAAUCAAGCAUAACAGGGUCAAGAAUCCUAGCAGGGCACAGGCAUCCAGUUGGCUAUUUACAAGCCUAAAAAAUGCAGUUUACCUGUAAUCUGUAGUCCGUUUAGCGACGAAGCCCUUAGGAGUUCUUAAGAAAUCGUUGAACCCUAUUCAGACCUGGGGGAGCGCGGGGUCAGGUAAUUCAAAAGUUUGGCGGAUCCAAAAUGGCGGAUGGUUACAGUUCCUUGAUUAAUUAAUAAAUCACGUCGUCAUGACAUCACUGCUAUUAUCACAGAUCAUUAAUUUGUUACCCGACCUCUAGAUUUUAUCAGAAACCUUCCUUUUUUUUACUUUUUUCUCGUUCUAUGGUUACAUUGAGAGGAAUUAGGGUUUUGUCAAUUUAAUUAUGACGUCAUAAUGACGUCAGAUUAUGUUUUGUGUCAAUCAAGUUAUGUCUAGAUGUUUAAAAUGAUGGUUAUAUUAUUCUGUGUAAUUUUGGUGGUCGUAUCAUGAGCGCUUUAAAGUUAUUAAGGGGGUCCUCCGAAGUCUCCCCUUCAGGCCACAGGUAGCAAAAAAAAAACCCUGAUUUCCUGGCUUGCAGUGGCCGACUACUUAGGUGUGAACAGAAAGAAAAUGUUAUUCACCUUUUGCCCUAUCCAUAUAUUACAAUAUCAAUCAAAUUGGGUGAAUUUCGUUUUGCUUACUGCAUUUUUUUAAAUUCUUGUUUUAUUUCCAGGUGUCUAUUCAACAAAAUUACAGAAACAAUCCAUUUCAUAACUUCCGCCAUUGCUUCUGUGUCACGCAAAUGGUAAGAGUAAAGUCAAAUUGCAACGCACUGGUGUUAACUUCCUUUCGUGUUUUCCUGUCCAAUAAUCACUACAUGUAUGAACAUCAGGAAUAUGAGUAUGAAUACGCAAUACAAUUCUAUCUGACCGUCUGCUACUACUCGGCAAAGUCUCCUCGCAUGCAAGAUAAGCUGGGGGAAAAACUUCUAUCACUAAUUAUUAUGAGCAUGUUUUUCCCAAAAACUGAGCUAUUAUUCGUCUGGUUGGUAGUAUCGUAGAAGUAUUUUGUUGUGGGAUAAAAACUGAUCAGCAACUGUACGAGGUUAUUAUAUUGCCCAAAGAAAAGUCGAAGACUCGAUCAAACGAGGCUGGAAUGCACGUGUAAUCAAACAAACUGUGCAGAAGAAGCCAUAACUGUGUGUUUCCCUCAUCGUUUUAGAUGUACUGCAUUAUCCAUCUUUGCAACUUAAGAGAUGUGCUUUCUAAGAUUGAUCUCCUCGUUUUGAUGACAGCCUGUAUUUGCCACGAUCUUGAUCAUCCAGGAUUUAACAACACGUGAGUUUUAUGCAAUGUCAUACUCAGUUAGCGAUAACUGCAAAAAGUUUAAAGCCAUUUCACUCGAAGAACUGUUUUUUCAGACCUGUGACGACUGGCUCUCAAUCUUAAAAACACUUAAAAUUCAAAAGUCGUUAGAUUAAAUACUUAAGGGUAGCGAAACCUCAUUGGAAGUUACAGUAAUUUUUAAAUGGCGUGCAUCAUUUUUCUUGACUUUUGAGUUUUUUCAAUGAACUCUUUAAACAGUCGAACCUCCCGUAAGCGACCACCCAAAGAUCGAAGCGGAUUUAGUGGUCGCUUAGAAGAAUCAGACCUUGCGGGUCCCUUCCGAGAAGAAGUCCCAUCACAUCUACCUUAAUUUUGGCAAAGAAUUUGUUGCAUGCAAUUUCCAAGUUACGUAUACGUGCAGUAUAUUCUGAGUAGCGUAAUACUUGUACAUACAGCGAAAACAAGAGACCAUACCAUGCAUCAAGUACUCAUUUAAAGGGGCUGUGUCACGGCAGUCCAGUUCAUUUUGUUUAAUUUUGCCAAUUACUCGCCCUCAAUUGCUAUGGAACUUGAAGUAAGCAAAGAAAUUACAUGUAAAUGACAAAAUCAGAGAUCCGAGACAGACAAAUAUGUCUCCUGAGCAUUAUUUUUGAAGUUGCAAGUAGUAGGGAUCAACUUUGAAAAACUGUUAGGCUGAACAGUUUUCAAAAACCCUAAUUUCAAUCCGUUUCAAUCUUCCUCAGUUUUGCCCAUCUGUGGCAUCUGUUGUUUCUGUUAUGUUAUUUUAACCUUCCUUUAAAGUUUUAAGCGGUUAUUUUAUGCUUCUCUUAAUUUAACGGGCAUUUUUUUAAUUUCCUAAUUUGGCCGUGAAUUUCGUGACACAGCUCCUUUAAGAGGUUAAAAACAAUGGAAAACUGUAAAACCAUCAGAGGCAAAAAAGUGGUCGCAGUCGCCACUUACUCCAGAGGAGAUUUCACAUGAAGGUUUGACUGUAAAGCCAGAAGAGGGACUUUAAGAUGCUACGACGGCGACGACAACGAGAACGUCAAAAAACCAAUUACGUUGAAUAUUAGGCAAAACAACAACUCUGCACCUGCAUCACUUUUUUUGUACAUUUCUUUGCCUUCAUUGCAGGACUACGACGGGAAAAUGCCUAAUUUCGCGUUUUAAGGUGAUGUUACACGAGAUCCGGACUAUUCGCAACGACGAUUUUUAGCGCAACACACAAAACGUUGGAACAACAUGUAACCAUUCGAAACAAUGUCUCAGCAAUAUUGCCACGCUGCAUUGUGCUAAAAAUCGAUUUGAUGGCUUGUGUUUGUACAUUUUAGUUAUAACGUUAUCCAUAACCUUGUGUCCAUAGUUACCAGAUCAAUGCACAGACAGAACUUGCAAUUCGCUACAAUGAUAUUUCGCCUCUGGAAAAUCACCACGCUGCUGUGGCCUUUGAGAUUCUAUCUCAGGUAGACCUAGAAUAGCUCUCGUUCUCACUUCUAACUAGUGAAUUGAAUACCGUUUUACAUGUUUAGUGAUGUACAAAUAUAUCUCAUGGUUUGCGCCCACUUUUUAUAGGUCAGCAGAAGAUCGCGUGCAAAUAUAAUGGGCAGAUGUUAAAGCACCCGUUCUCCGUAGAAUGAAUGAACCAGGGCAUAUAACUCACUAGCUCUGACUAAUGCAAUUAUGUUCAUUUUGCAUUUUUGUUUUGAAAUUACCCAUAAUUUUGAAUGACGAGGCUAGGUGAAUGAUGACAAUUACUAGCAUUUUCAAAAAACGUAUGCGUAAAACAAUUGCAAAGUGAAACGUAAACUUUGGUCAUCAGAUUGAAUCAGUAUGUGACAUAUUAUAUAUGUAGUAUCUCGUUCUAUUUUUUUGCACCCCAGACUAAGAAGGCGGGGGAGGGGGAGAAGGCGGGCUGCGGGUAGGAGGUUUUCGCGGCAGCUAGCUUGGCGCAAAAUGGAGCAAACACGGCACCAAAUGUCCAUAAUUGUAAUGUAUGAUCAUUCUUUAACCUUUCAGCCUGAAAGCAAUAUAUUCGCCAACUUGGGCAAAGAAGAUCAAAAGAAGGUUCGCCAGGUGUGUGCUCGGGGCUCAACUUUGAAAUAUAUUUCCCGACGUUAGCUCGUUAGCUCUUUUUCCAAACGUGACGGUUGUGAAGAGUUUGCAUAGUAGAUAACAUGUAUUUGCAAUUGAUUUGUAUGAGACGUCCACGGUCCUACCAGCUAUCUUUUGGGUCUAACAGGCAAAAUUUAAGCUCAGUUCAUGGACCUCGUUACCCGUCCUCUAUCCUAGUUUGAUCAUUUAUGUAUGGUGCUAAAAAAUGAUUUUGAAUCCUUUGGAUUCGGCAGUGUAGUUUGGUUAUAGGCAAGCAAACUGAACUUAAAAAAGGAGGCGGCUGAUAAAAGCCGACGCUGGAUUAACAGAUGAUUCAUAUGGCGAUUUUCUACUGACACUGAACCUAAUAGACUAAAAACAUAAAUAAUUAUACUUUAAUAAAACUCUCAUUUGGCUAAGACUUCUAUAUAAUGGAUAGUUUGAACCGACUUGUAGGGCGGUUGAAUCAGUUGCCGAUCGAAAGUUGGUUCAAAGUUGUACCCUAUCAUGCAUGCGGAUUUGGCUCAAUAUAAAAAUAGUGCGGAGUCCGGUGAGCACUUAAGAUGACACGUAAACUCGUACCCGGAUCUCACUCUGUCUCACGCUUUAAAGUCAGAUCUCCCUUUCCCAUGGCCGAGGGAGAUUUGGGUACGAGAUUAGAUGACACGAGGUGGAGGCUUUGGUGAACAAUUGAAAUCGCAUCAUGUAAGGUAAUCUAGGACAGUCUUGGAUUCUGGAUUCCACGCUAUGGAUUCCGGAUUUCAGCUACUGCAUUCAGAAUUCCUUGUCAGUGGAACAAAUUGGAUUCCAGAUACCAAUCCUUUUCGGGAUUCCGGAUUCGUUAAGCUGUAUUCUGGAUUCCAAAGCCCGGGAUUCCGGAUUCCAUAAAAAAAUAUUUCUCACAUUCCGGAAUCCGUAUUACCUGAAAUGGUGCAAUUCGUAGAAAUCACUGUAAUGAGGGUACGAUCUGUUUAUUGACACAAAAGUUUGAAUUAAAAAAACAGCAACAACAACGGCUGACUAAAAAAAUGCGAGUUAACAGUCUUACACAUAAGUCCAAGUGUUAUUCUAAAUUUGUAGGAAAUUGUGACGCUGAUAUUAGCAACAGACAUGGCCCGGCACAGUGAGAUAGUUGAACGUUUUAAAAGCAAGUUGGACACGUUCGAUUUUAGCAACGCUGAUUACGUUGGAUCGGUAAGUAGAAAUGUGAAAUUUAGAGAGUGAUACAAUAGAUAGAAAGCGGAAUACGUGGCUGCAUACCCCUUAAAAAGAAAGGGGCGGUGUACGUUAUCUCACUUUAAACUCUAUGGGUUAUGUUAUGGACUAAGCUCAACGGUGAAUAUGCGCUUUGUGGGCUUUUAAUAUUGAUACCUGAGCAAGCCGAUCGUUUGGGGGGAUUCCAGUUUUCUUGAGCUGAAUUCGGGAUUCCAAUGCCCAGGAUUCCGGGUUCCACAAGCAAAAAUCCACCGUUCCAGAAUCCUAAUAACCUAUCAUGGUGCGAGACAAUUGACACAGUCUGAAUGACACUCUUCACAAUUUCAAAUUUAAAUCUACCUUUUAGCUCAAGAAGAUUCUUAUCAAGUGUUGUGACAUUUCAAAUGAAGUGCGUCCCAUAGACGUCUCAGAGCCCUGGGCCGACUGUCUUCUUGAAGAGUACUUUAUGCAGGUUUGAACGAAUGAAAGGAAUUUUUCUGGUUCUUUGUCAAAUGCUUAUGCAGUAUAAGGUGAUUAUACUGACCUGGGAGAGUCGCCUUUAUCAUCCUUUUUUCUUCAUCAGUAGUUGAUAUGACUAUACAAGUUUUGUCCACGUUGAUAACAUUUAUUUAAAUUAUCAUGUUGACGUAGUUGACGUAAUAUUGCGCUAUAAUUGUAGAGUGACCGAGAGAAAUCAGAGGGACUCCCUGUUGCACCUUUUAUGGACCGUGAUAAAGUUAGUAAGCCUACCGCCCAGAUUGGCUUCAUCAAGUUUGUACUGAUACCCUUGUUUGAGCUACUGAAUAAGGUGCGUAUCAAAUAAUAAGAAAGUUACUGCGGUUGCAUUAGAAAAACGGCACUGAUGCCAGAUGAAUAGAUAAUGCUUCAAAAAUGCAAUGUGAGCGAUUCCACACACCACACCCCUUCCAUUUCCUUCGGGAAAAUCCCUGAGGACAAGCUUAACCACUCAAGAAUACAAACUGCGGCAAUGUUCGUUGGGGGCUCGCUGGCAAGAGCUGUACAACGGUCGCCGAGUGGACCAUGGACAGACUUGACGCCAGUUCAGAGAUACGGCCUUCACCGCUGUCUUAAAUAACGGUGCAAGUGUGAGAAAAUUAAGAAAAGUACUUGAAGUUCAAAGAAGUUUCGAACCUCCUUUUUGAUACUAAACCACUAUCUUGGUAAUUUCUGAAGUUAAUUUUGUUUUUUGGCACCUUUUAAUCCUUCAUAGUUGGAGUGGUACCCUAGAAAGUACCGCAGAAACCAUUAAAUACUCUAGCUUAAUUAGCAAACUUUACUGAUGAACGCAAUUUACCUUGACAGUUCAAUUUCCGAGGUUGAAAAUCACCCCUUUGACAGUCUUGGAUUCGGGAUUCCACUCUUCGGAUUCCGAAUUCCAGUUACUGGAUUUCAAAUUCCUUAUCGGUGGAACUAGGAUUCCAGAUUCCUAUAGUUAGUGGAAUUCUGGAUUUCAGGAGUGGAGUGAAUUCCAAACCCAGGAUUCCGGUUUCCAAAGCACAAAUUUCCCGCAUUGGGGCGAUUAAAAAGGUAUCGAAUGAUGACUUUACCUUUUUUUUCAGCUGUUUCCUCAAGUGGGUCCAGUGAUGAUAAAGCCUCUCCGUGAAGCUUAUGAAAACUACGAGAGAAUGCGUAUUGAAGAAGAAGCUGUUAAAGCUGACGCGGCUGAAUCCUCGCCCCCAGAAAGCGACUUUGAAGGUUUGAAAGGACAGGACAUCAAUGCAAAUGGCACACAAGGACAGUGGAGCUCUAAAAAGCUGAUGGGUGUAUCCAAGGAGAUCAGGGAUAUGUUUCACGACAAGAACAAGGAAAGUAAACCGGGAGAUGAAGAUACGCUGAGUCGGCCUAUGAUAAAAACCCAGGUACUUAAUCAAUACUGUUAUGAGAUUCAGGGAGAAGUUGAAUAAGUGUAAGGUAACCUGAGACAGUCUUAGAUUCUGGAUUACACGCUGUUGAUUCCGGAUUCCAGGUACUUGAUUAUGGAUUCCUUGUCAAUGGAACUCGCAUUCCAGGUUCUUAUCAUUAGCGGAAUUCCGGAUUACUUGAGCUGAAUUCCAAAGCCCUUGAUUCCAGAUUUCACAAGCAAAAAUUUCUCUGAUUUCGGAAUCCGGCUAACUUUCCAUGGGGGGACAUAUAACGUAUUUUUUGGUUUUUGGCCCGUGGUCCACUUUUUUAAUGGUUUGUCUUGCGAUACCUGAAAAUGAACCUUGAGCCCCUCGCCUAACUGCCCUGGCUCGUGCCUCAAAAUCCCGAUGACUGCUCUGGGCAUAAUAGGGUAGGAAUCGACAUAAUCCUCACACUUUCAACAAAUUCAGUUAACCGUAAUUACAUUACUGGGAUGCGCUCUCACUUCUUUGCCGCCUUUUUAUUUAGACGCGCUGCUGUUAAAAAAAUUAACUUUUACCAUUGCUUUGGAUAGUGUGGAUCAGUGGCAUUACCGUUGUUUUUGGUUGAUCACAAUAAGAAAAGGCCAGUCCAAGCAAAGUUUCAAACUGUUUCUAAAAUGGGAAAGAGAGAAAUGAAGAUUGCAAGGAACAUUGUUUUAUGAAUCAAAUGCCCAUCGUUUUAUCGUUAUUUUUUCAUUGGUUCUCUCGCUUUUUGUUUGCAGAGGAAGGCUGAUGAUGCUCCAACAAGUAGCGUUAAAUAACCUAAAAUGAAGAUUAGCCGAUACU